AUGUCUACCAUGUCGUUGAUAAGUCGCGUUUUCGGUAAAUACGCUGCAGAAAUUUGUUAUAAAACUGCUUCGGUAUCGUGUCAAAUACAGCCAAAGAGAAAUCAAUGGAAUCUAGUGAAAAGUGCAAAAGCUGGAAUCAAAGGGAAGAGCUAUAGAAGAAUUGUACAUUUCAAAAAUGAAUACACAAUUGAACCUUUAAAGGUUACGAAUUUAGGAGGCAGAGAUCCUGUUACAGGAAGAAUAGUAGCCAAAGGAAUCGGUGGAGGUAUUAAACACAAAUAUCAUUGGAUUAGAUGGAUCAGAGAUGGACCCACUGAUCUUAAUGAACCUCCAAAGAAAGAUAAAAUUUUGGCAAUAAUCAAAGAUGGUUGCAGAACGUCAAAUGUGGCUUUGAUCGGAAGUGGCAAUCAAAUGCAAUAUAUCCUCGCUACUGAGAAUAUGAAAGUUGGAGAUAUAAUUCAUACUCAUAAAGCUAUCCCUCCGAAUCCAGUCAGAGCUUAUGAGGGAGAUUCUUAUCCGCUUGGUGCAUUACCCAAAGGUACAAACGUCAAUUGCGUGGAAAAGUAUCCAGGUUUAGGUGGUUUUCUUAUUCAUUCCGCCGGAACGUACGGUACAAUAUUAAGAAAAGAUGGAUCUGAUCGUGUAAUUGUUAAAAUGCCAAGCAAGAGGGAAUUCAGCUUACACGAAAGUUGCAUGGCAACAGUCGGUAGAUUGUCGAACGUCGAGCAUAAUACGAUACCGAUUGGUAGCGCCCAAAAAAAUAGAGAGCUCGGAAAUCGACCGAGAAGCGGUCUGUGGCAGAGAAAAACAGGUCGACACGGUCGGAAAAUUAAACCUACACCUCCAUUACGAAUGAUUGGGCCAGAUAUGACUGAUUUAAAAUACGAAAAGCUCGAAUUAAAUUUAUCGUGUUUUAAUGUUGUCAAAAAUUAAAUUGCAUUCAAUAAAUAUUAUUGUACUGUU